AUGGUGAGACUCAACCACGACACGUGGCAGCAGCCACCCGCAUCCCUCAGCGUAGAAUGGCCCACAAAGAGCUCGUUUAAGGAGGGCCCAAGCCUCGAGGAGCAAAAGGCCCGAAUGAGAGAGACACGAACCAAGGUUUCCAAUGCGAUCGCUGCAUCUGGAUACGCUGUUCCCCAGUGGCCUGAGAUCGGGCAGCAAGUCAAAUGGAACCCUCCCAAGACUUCCCUUCGCGAUGGACUGACCAACUUGACCUCGCAUCCCGGCGGACACAGCUCAUCUGUCGCAUCACAUAUCCCCCGACGCUACCGGACCUCAACCGCAGAGGCAAAUGCCCAAAACCCCCUUCGAUUCGUACCAGGCGAAGAGGGCCGAUCCUCAAUUGACCAUCAGGAUUCCCCUGUAUCUCAACUUGUCAGCCGCCGACAAGAAAGGUCGCAGCAAGCGGAGAGUGCCACCGCAGACGAGACACUGCCUGAUCAAGAUGUCUCUCGUAUCCGUGGUUUUAUCGAUCCAUCCAUCUUGAAUCCUCAGAUCAACGUUGUCGAGUUACCUGAUCACAUGUUCCUGCGCCCCCCACCAGCGGCCCCACGGGCCAUGCUGGAACGCAUGUCGUCCAAAGACCGAUCACUGCGCUUUGGCCGGUCACGCGGACACUCUGAUGCGACUGCUACAAGCUUCGGCUCUGCCCACACCUGCCGGGCGCGAUGCUACUCCUCAGCGACCACGGACACCCGUCACAGCUUUGAGCCCACUCUGUCGGAUUGCAACGACGAACACUCUUGCUCGGAUGUAUACGAUAGCUCCAAGCGUGAUGUCCCUCAUAUGAAUCUUGAGACCCCUAACCUGGCACGAGCCCACUCUUCAGCUAUUACCAAGACUGGUACUUACCAGGUUCUUGAUACUCCACGCAUCAGCGGUCCGCCUCCGGGUUUCGAGCGUUGUAACCCCAUCAACCAGGGCGUCAUCCCACGGCCUGGCUUCGGCAAUCUCGAUUCAGAGCCCGACAAUAGGAAUGGAACCUGGUCUCAGUCCCGCAUCUGGUGCAGCGAAGAGGAGCGCCUGAGAGUCAACUUCGCUCGCAUGCUUGAGAGAGCACACCAUCUCGGCUGGAACAAGUCUCCUUUCCUCCCGGAGUCCGUCGGUGAGUACGCCGCUCUGCUGGCCGAGAGGAAAGCUGAAGAAGCUAAGCGAAUCCGCAAGAAGAUCAAGCAGAAUGAGAGGGUUGCGCGACUCCGACGGGAAGAGGAGGUGAUGGUGAGUCACCGUUCUCAGCUCAUCAACGCCAAUUGCCUAUUCUUUGGCGAAGCACUAAUCGACCAAUUCGUGCAGAAGGCACCGCCACCGCAGCAGCAAAUUGAGCUUUUCCAGGGCAAAAAGGUGGUUGACGGACUGUCGUCAGUACUUGCGAUGGAAAGUUGUUUUAAUGAGAUACCCGCUGAUGCGCCCGAAUCCGAGAGGGUCGAAUGGCCGCCCGACGAGGAGUUUCGGAACUGGAGGGGCUCUCGACCUCGUCCGCCCCCCGGUUUUGCGAGAUGGCGGAGCAGUUCGCACCGUGGAGCCUGGCCUUUCCCUCGCACCAAUGUCCCUUACCGACCGCAGGAUACCUUCCCCAAUAAUGACAUCCCUUACAGCCAGCGGAGAAUGGUAUUCGCUCCUCGCUGGGACUGGAUGCCCAAAUUUGCCAAGACAACUCCUGACGAGUCCCAUAUUCCGGUCGCAGAGCCUUUCACAUCUGAUAUUAGCAAGUUCCUCCCGGCAAAUCUCGUUUAA